CGUCUUCGUGCGCGCAAUGGUUACCUAGGUACUUUCCCUUGAACACAAUACUCAUAUCCUCCAGCAAACAGUAUGGCCCGAAGAUAGGCAUCACGGCUCAACACUCAACAUGGUCCUCCACUGCGCUCCACGCCUACCACUACUUUACGGAUCAAGUAGGGGAGACAACACCUAGCCCGCCCUCAUUAUGGAGUGCGACAUAUGCGGCAAAGCCGGCAGCUAUACCUACCCGCUCCACUGCGUUACAUGCGCGCGCAGCUUCCUCGAGCAGCCCCGCAUCGACCUCGCCCGGGCGCUUAUAGACCGCGAUGGAGUUGAGAAGCAUGUCGAGGCGGUCAUCCAGGGCUCGGAAGACAAGUCGAGCCAGCAUGUCUCCCUGGUGGACUCAAAGGGAGGCCUCCUCGUAGACCGUCAGGAGUGCACCAACAACAUCGAGCUGCAACGGACGAAGGCUGAGACGGCGGAGAUCGAAGAGCGCAUAGGUCUCAUCACCGAGCAGGCAGAUUUACUACGACAGCAAAUUGAAGCGACACGAAAAGAACUCGAGGCGAAACGAGCCGCCAACGCCCAACGGACGUCGGACCUCACUUCGGCUACCUACGGCAUCGAGUCGCGGCGAGCCAACGAGCUGGACAAGGUGCAGCACAAUGUGAAGCGGAUGGAUUCUAGGUCGGACAAAGUGCAUCAUGACACCAUGGAGAUGCGCAUGUAUCUCUGUAGCACGGCUGCCAGGCUUGCGGGACUGAAGAUGACGAAGCGCAAGACGAGAGAUGGGGGAAUCAAAGAGACGUAUAAUAUUGGGCCUGGAGCGCGCCUGAGGAUAUGGGACCUGAGGGAUUUGAAUGAUGCUCCGCCCGAUCAUCUCUCGGCGUCUCUAGCCGCCGUUGCCCAGUUCCUCGUACGCAUCGCUGCUUAUCUCGGUGUUAGGCUUCCAGCCGAGAUCACCGUCCCGCACAAAGACUACCCCAAGCCUACAAUCUUCAGUCCAUCUUCUUCAUACCAGGGGAAGAAAGUCCCUUUCCCAGGUUCUACGCCGUCGGGUUCCUCGAGCAAUAGCCCUGAAGCGUCACGAACAUUGGAACCCCGAGGUCAACUUCCCAAACCACGAACGCUUUACGUCGAUCGACCGCUGAGCGACUUAUCCGCCGAAGAUCCGCCAGCGUUUUCCUCGUUCAUAGAAGGCGUUUCUUUGCUUGCUUACAAUAUCGCCUGGCUUUGCCGGAGCCAGGGGAUGAAGGAUGAGUUCAAGUAUUGGGAGGACAUUUGCCCCGUGGGCCGCAACCUCUUCCGGCUUCUCGUCGCGCAAGAGACCCGCCUCCCUCAUCGGCCAGAGAAUACCCUGGAGAAGGAUAUUGCGCCAGCCAAAGUUAAUUCAAAGGUGCCGCUCAGAAGGACACCGGCAGCGUUGGGCGAGCUGUCCCAUGCGACUUCUCACUCGUUCAUGAACAACGCCGUCAACGCGCAAUAUCUCAACGGCUGGGGCUUAUCGCCAACCAAAAUCACCGAUGAGCUGAAGUCGUAUCUUCUAACCGAGCAGCAGGCUCAGGAAUGGGAUGUGCUCAACCAGAAAGAGUGGCAGGACAUGGAGAACAUCAUUGCGGAGGACCCAGUGCUUGUUGGGGAGAAGCGGCGCGAGAACACCGGCGUAGAUGAUGGGAGAAGCUACCUUACGGCUACAGCAGCCAACAAGAAAGCAGGCGAGCAGUCGGAUGGAGGAGAGGAGCGGAAGCGCGGCGUCAACGGUUGGACGAAAGUCAAGAGCCGGAGCGACGACGCAGUGAAGAUGGCGAUACCCGAAUGAGGUGAUGUGUAGAUUUCGAGGACGGCGCACGCAUAGACAGGGGCUCUUCGUAUAGAUACCACACGCAAGGAAUAUAUUCUUAUUCUUGAGAGCAGCG